AUUUGAUGUUUGUGACAGCGCAAUUUUUAAUGUCUGCGGUUUGGCGUGUCGCCGCGACCCAUCCGAAAAAGCUUGUUGCUGGGACACUAUGUUUAGUCUAUUGUUAUAAGUUUACGGGGGGAAAAUAUCGAGACUACGUUUUGCACCGAGAAAUAUGCUCCCAUGUUUCUUCAGAAAAUUACAAGACCGUUAAUAGCACACAACCUCUACGCAGCCUGACUGUGUUUGUAAAUCCAUUCUCGCGUCGUGGAGGACUUUUAAAAGAGUUUGAAAACAAUGCUGCUCCUAUUUUAAACCUAUCUGGUCUUGACGUUAAAAUGGUUUAUCUGGACACCGAUUCUGAAAUAAAGGACUUCAUAAAAGUGCUAGAUCCGAGCAGUACUGACGGUGUUUUAGUUGUUGGAGACGACAAUUUGAUCCAAAAAGCAGUUACAAGUUUGUUAUCCCGGGACGAUUUUAAAACUACUCCUUUGUGGUCAUUGCCAGUCGGAGCGGUGCCCGUAGGUAUUUGGAAUGGGCUUAUAAACUCUAUCUGUGAAAAAACAGUUGUCCCUAAAUGGUUUUACAACGUUUUACAUUCUGUCCUACAACAGAAUACUAAAAGGAGAAAUGUUUUAGAAGUAAAAGUUAUUUCAGACGAUAGUCAACCAAUUGAACAAUCAAAGGCGUCAUCUGCGAAUACUUAUUCUUUAUUAGGUAUUGAAUGGAACAUUUGGAGAGAUAUAGAACUUGGUGGGGGUUGUGGUGUUAGUGAUAGGCAUAAAAAGCCAACAAAUCCUAACGAUCACCGUGGUGUACUCACAACACUUUCAGUUUCAUCUCCUAGAUCUUGGAGUCGUAAUUUUGGUGCAUUGUGGAGAUCUACUUGGUAUUGGCUUCGAUCAUCUGAAAACAAUGCUCAAAUAUAUCCUCAUAGUGAUUCUAAAACUUCAUUGAAUUUUUUCGCAGAUUCUUCAGUCACUAUAUCUGAAAAAAAGCUGGAACAAAGUCGUGUGAAAUUCGCUCGCCUUACUUAUACUCCAAUUUGUACAGGAUGUUCGAAAUGUUGGGAGAAGAAGUUAAUGAGUUAUAAAGAAUCUGGUCUCGAAGUAAAUACAAAGAAAUCAUCAUCUCUAUUAGGAAGAAUAUUUGGAUUCUCACUAAGCAGUAAUAAUAACAAGUCAAAUAUUGAUGACGUGAAAAGUGUAGAGAUUCAACAACAAAUCAAAGCUAAGAGUUCCAUAGACAAUCCUGCAUGUGGAGAACUAAAGGAAUUAAUCGUUGAAAAGGCUUCUGGAUUCACAAUCACUCCGGAAGGAGAUCACAUUCGUUUGGAUAUUUUGCGUCGUUCCACCAGCUAUUGGGAUCAUAUACAACAGUUUCGUUCAUGGCUCCUUUCUCAACCGUAUUCAUUUAAAUCUGGUAGUCAGGUAAUAUUGUGUGAUAAAUUGCGUUUGUUUCCUGGUCAAACUGAGAACGAGUUCUAUUGGAUUGACAACGACUACUUUGAGGCCCACCCGAUUGAAGUGAAUUUGCGCCACAACGCUAUCAAUCUUUUCAUGUAAUUUAAUACUUUCACUUAAAUAAACUAGAUCGGUUUUCCUAUUUUAAUGUAUAA